AAAAGUUUCUCUCUAGCCCUGGAGGAAGAAGGGCUAGCUGCCUGAGAGAAAGCUCUCCUGGCUAUUGCUCUUCGUUUCCUAUGGGCAUGGAGUUUUGCUAGUAGAGCAGAGUGUAUGAAAAGCCAAGCUAUGAAAACCAUCUCGAUGCAAGAUAGCGCUUACAAGACACUCUGUGUACUUUCUGCUCAGAAGAAUCCCAGAAAAAAAAGUGGAUUAUUUGAGACUACAAAUGCAAGAAAGCUGCAGACUUCCUUUCCUCCUAUUCACUUCAGUCUCAGUACCCCCUCCAGAUCUAUGUACAAAAGCUGCAAGGAUCAUGCAUCAAACCUAGAUGUUUCCAGAGACAUUCGGGGGCAGAAAAUCAACCUGCCUCAGGUGGAGAAGCCAUCGGAGAAGAUUUCAGCACCCAUUCAGUCUGUUACUGCUGUGGAUAAAAGUAAAGUAACAACAGACCACAGUAGAUACCUCAGGGCUCGCUCAAACACUUUAGUGGUGCCUUUUCAUAGUACUAGAGAGAUUAAACUGGAAAACAAAUGCAGGUUAGAUUUGCCAUCUUCAAAGAUAGCAUCAGAAGGACUGUCAGGCGAGACACACCAAGUUCCAGAGUGUCCAAAUUGCAAAAAGGAAAGGAGGAUCCAGAAUGAGUACGACAAGUUCAUUUUGCAGUCAAAGAGGGACAAGGAGGCCUUGCAGAAGACUAUUGUGGAGCUAGAAGCUGAGCUGAAAAGAUAUGAAGAGCAUAAUAAACCAGCUCAAGGGCAAGAGAGUGAAGUAACCUGCUCUGUGGAAGAAGAGCAGCACUUGAGAGGGGAAGUUUCCCUUCUUGAUGGUUUGGUAGGAAUGUGUAAAAAUGAACUAGCCUAUAUAAGAAGCAGAUCAGACCUGAACAAACUGGAAGAGGAGAGCAAAGGGAAGCAGCAACAAAUGGAUAGUUUGUUAGUUGAAAUGGAGGAGUUAAAAGCCCAGCUGCAAAGAAUUCAGAAUAAUGAGAAAACACAAGCCCAGAUGACCAAGAUGAAGCAAAGCAAGUUGCUUCUUGAAAUGGAAGAGCUAAAGUCCCAACUUGAAAAAACAAAGGAGCGGGAAAGGCAAAAAGUAUCAGUUUUAGAAAAUGAGAAGGAUGCCUGUCUGAGAGAAAUAGCAGAAAUGAAAACUUGCAUUGAGAAGAUGAGCACAGAGAACUGUUCACUUACGGAGAAAACGAAAGCCUUGGAGAAUAGGUCUUCCUGCUGCUGUUUGGCUUCAGUGGUUCAUGGCAAUGAAGAAAUACUAACAAUUUCUCACCACACCACAUUUGGUAUUGAUGCAGAAAGCUCUCAUUGCUUCAAUAAUUGUUGUGAUGCAACUUGCAAUUCUGAGACACAAAGGGGUAAAUGUGUUGCUGGGACAAGCUCAGUGGAGGAGGAUGAAAUCGGAAUGAAAGAGAUGUAUAAACAGCUGAAGAGAGAACGUAACCUUCUACUUGAUGUCAUGCUACUUAUGUACACAAGACGAUGGUUUCUGGAAGAAGCGAUACCAUAUGUAAGAAGAACUCUUAAGAAAUGUGGAGUAAAUUCAGAAGACAGAAACUGAAACUCAGAUCUAUUAUCCAGCCAAAACACAGGAUUUAAUGUAACAGCUCACAACAGGGUUUGCUCUUGCUUCAAAGGGUAUGUCUACACUGCAAUUAGACAAGCGCGGCUGGUCCAUGCCAGCUGACUUGGGCUCGUGGGCUCAGGCUUUAAUUGUGGUGUAGACGUUCGGGCUCUGGCUACAGCCUGAGCUCUGGGAUCCUCCCACCUCGCAGGGUCCUAGAGCCUGGGCCCCAGCCGAGUGUCUAUGCCAGAAUUAAAUAACCUCUUAGACCAAGCCAGCUGUGCAUGUCUAAUUGCAGCGUAAACAGACUCAUAGAGAUCAGUGGGAGCAUAAUUAAAUCCACUAUUGUAGAAGCCUGAUUUUUAAACUUGUGUGCCUAACUUCAAGCACUCAGGUGCCUGAAAUGGGUAUUUAAGUGGGUGCUUCUAUCUAUAACACCCACAGCUCACACUUACAUCAACAUCUCUGAAAAAUCACACCCAAGGUGUCAAGUUAGGGUUUAAAAAUUGAGAGCCAAAGAUCAGUGACUACGUUUGAAAAUUUGGCUGGAUGGUAUCAGGUGCCUAAAUGCAGCUCUCGUUGCUUCAUUUUAGGCAUCAGGUUACAAAGUUGAGCUCUUCAGUAUGAUCUGCCAGUGUUCUUCCCUUUUAGGACCACCUAGAUAGGUUCACAAAACUUCUACUGAUGUCAGUGGGCAUGGGUAUACAAGGCACCAGCACGAGGGUUCUUAGCAAGUGAAAUUAUCUUCACUUAUACUCAUGUGGACCCUGCACCUCAGGGGUUUAUGUUGUACAACUUUUUUCCUGUGGAGUUUGCUGAUGAUAAACACAUCCAUUAAGAUUACCCUGCACACCAAUAAAAGACAGUUAGCUUGAUAAUUAUCUACAUAAAUUACCUGAUCCUGACUUCAGUCAGAAAUGAAUGCUUCAGCAGAACAUCUAAUAUGUUUCUUCCUUAUUGUUAUACAGUUCUGCAUUGUACUGCUGCAGCCAUCAAAAUGACUGUGUCUAUGAGACAAAUAGGUCAUUAGCAAUUUAAAUACUUUCUAUAUUAAUGAACACAUUAACAUACCUUGCCACCGUUCUAUGGUAGCACUGUAGAUCCCCUUCAUUUGUUUUAUGCAUUUAUUUUGGUGAAAAUGCUGAACUGUUGAAACAACUUGUGGAGCUUAUAUUGUAUAACAGUAUUAAAAGAAACUUGUAUCACAUCCUGUUUCAGCAGCUCACGUGUACCAUGAUUUUGAAAUUAUGCUGGGGAAGAUCUAUGACCUGUGUUACACAGGAAGUCAGACUAGAUGAUUACAAUGGGUCCCUUCUGGCCUUCGAAUCUACUAAUAUUCUCCAGCUAGGUAUUUACACAGCCCAUUAACUGCCAUAUCUAAGUGCCUCUCAAGUAUUAGUUCUUAGAAUGGCAAGAUUAGUGAUAAAUUCCAGGGUCCAGUGCUAUUUUCCAUACACUCAGACCUCCCUCUACUAGUUGACAAUUUCUUUGUGUCUAAUGGAGUGUAAUUAGUGCAAAGGGAGAGGCAAUUCCCAUACCUAUUGCAGAAAUUGAGGUUUCAAACCUUUGUUACCCGUCAGCUCUGUGUUCUUGGGGAACCAGGGUGCAAUACCCAGCCUGUCUGACUCACGAAAGACCUCCCCCCGUUCCCCCCCAGCCUCUGCUUGAACCAAAGCCAAUCAGACAAAAGACUUACAAAAAGCAAUGAAAAGGCAGUGGAAGACGCACCUAACCCCCUCCGGACAAGGGCGACAGGAUUAAGGAAACUCCCUUAGCCUCAUUUGCAUCAAAGAUGGGACAGGGACACAUCACUAUUAGCAUACAGAAUGGAGAACAGAGAUUCCAAGGCAAGAACCGCAUGGAACUCUGGGACCAGAAAAGCAGGAAAGCACUCUGGACCCUCAGCUACUACCACCACCUGGGAACCCCAAUCCAUUCAAGCUUCAUGGAGUGGUGAGAACCCAGCUCUCUCUCUCUAGGUAUAGCCUUCUGAACCUGACUUGUGUGAUCAGUUAUAGUUUUCUAAACCUGACUUUUAUAAUCAAAUUUAAGUAAGAUUUAAUAUUAUAACUGUUUUGUUUGUUUGGCUCCUCUAUGGUUAUAACCUGACAAUAAAUAACAUUCAUGGUUAAGCUGGUUGCUUCUCU